AAAAACUCGGAUAAGAAAUCCAGAAUCAGCUCAAAUAUAUUUGCUUCCACCAAAUAUAUUCAUGGCCAUAAACAAACCUCGCUCUUUCAGACUUAUUAAGCUUCAUCCUUUAAUUGCUCUGUGAUCUGCUAAAGCUCGGCAGGGAAAGCAGCGGAACUAUGCUUCGGCUCCAGUUCUGCAACUAUGCAAUCACUGCAACAAAGAUUGCCAGAGACCAAGCUCGCCGGAGUGGAAGCAUACUUCGCCUUCAAAGCUUGAGUUGUCUGCCGUCGAGAUUUCGCCAUUUCUGUGUCGUCAAAGCGUUGAAGGAGGAACCAGAUGGGCGAAGCAGUGGAUUUGCCGGCCAGAGUUGGGAUCCAGGGUUGGAGAAUGAGGUUCCUUUUGAGCAGAGACCUGUGAAUGAAUAUUCGUCGUUGAAGAACAGUGUACUUUACUCGUGGGGUGAACUUAGCCCAGGAUCAUUUUUCCUGCGCCUUGGUGGCUUGUGUUUAGUGACAUUUACUGUUCUAGGAGCGCCGAUUGCAGCGGCAAGUUUUAGUCCUUCUAAGGAUCCCCUCAGAUUUGCACUGGCAGCUGGGACUGGCACUCUUCUCUUGGUGUCUCUCGUUGUACUCAGAAUAUAUCUGGGAUGGAGCUAUGUUGGAGAUAGGCUACUGUCAGCAGUGAUUCCUUAUGAGGAGACGGGGUGGUAUGAUGGACAAAUGUGGGUGAAGCCACCUGAGGUACUUGCUCGUGACAGGUUAUUGGGUUCUUAUAAGGUAAAGCCAGUGAUCAAGUUGUUGAAGCAAACAUUAGUGGGCACAGGAGCUUUAUUGGUUACUGCAGUAUCAUUAUUCAUUUUGGCUUCCCCUGUAGAGAACUUCAUACAUUCAAUAUUCGAUUCAAAAGAAAUCAGUUCAAAUCCCCCAGUUUCUAACGUUAAAAUUAAUCUAAGCAAGAAAGAACUGCUAAGACUACCAGUGGAGGUAAUUAAAGACGAUGAACUGGCAGCUGCAGCAGCUGAGGCUGCUGAUGGAAGACCAGUUUACUGUAGAGACCGGUUCUAUCGUGCGCUGGCUGGUGGACAGUACUGCAAGUGGGAUGAUCUACUGAACUAAUGUCUUGAUGUUUCUGUCAGUUGAAGCUAUGAUGAAGAUAAUGCAGAUUCUAAGAGCUUAAAUAAAAGCCAGGGAAGUUCACUUCUGCUGCAAGAGAAAGCCAUUGUGAAGAAAUAGAUGUUCAAGGUUAGAACAAUCUUGUAAUUAUGCACCUAAAGCCUAUCCAAGGUCCAGAUUAGCAGAAAGCAUCAUAUAAGUUGCAGAAAGCAGUUUGUUGUUUGUGAAUAAUCUGUCAAUUUGUAUUGGAUGUUUUAUAUGAUAUUUAUAAUGAAAAUCAGAUGAUUUUAGCAAACUAA